AUGUCCAUCGAAGAACUAGAUGAAGCUCAGAUUACAAGAGAUGACAAUGACUACGAUAUAGAAGAUGACAUCCAGGAUUGGAAAGCUCUAAAUAAAUUAACUAAAAAUUCGGAAGUUAUACCUAAAAGAGGUGAAAAAGAUUUUGAGCCAGAUGGAACCUCAGUACAAAGUUCGCUAUUAGAUGAUUCACGAAAUGCUAUGUAUCAGGCAUUGAGCUAUCCACGGGGACACCAUCUGAAACAGCGAUUAAUAUCUGUAUGGAUAUCGAAAGAAAAAAGGGCUUUAGUACCGCAUGCUAAAGGUGGAUUCUUUAAAGAUAUAGGGAAAGCAGCCAAUUUUGGAAAGAAGAUUCAAGGGUUAUGGUUAGAACCUUUAGAAACGGUAUAUCUUGUCGAAAGAGGAUCUAUGGCUAUUUACCUAGGUAAUGAAGAGUUUGAACUGUUUUUAAAUGAUCCUAAUGAGAUGCAUUUUGAUUACGAUGCAAAAUUAGUUUCAUUAUCUCUAGGUCAUAUUUAUACAUUGGCAUUCGACGGUGAUAGCAAACUCAUGGAUUCGUACAUUGUGUAUGCAUAUUUGAAACGACAUGGAUAUUUGAUACAAAGCUUUAGAAGACUUGAUGAUGAAGAUCAGUACUCGAGAUACAAACAGAUGCAAAUCCAUACUACUUUCCAGUCACUGAUAUUAAGAUCCGCUACAUCAGUUCUUAGGUAUAUAUCUUCACAUCCGUUAUUUACCAUCCUUCAUGGUCAACUUCAAAAGUUGGGAAUAUUUGCGUUUUCCUCUUUCCAUGAUUUGCAUUUCAGAACCAAGCAUUAUUUUAACUACACUUCGGUAUUUCUGACAUUGAAACUUAUACCCUCUUAUUCAUCUCUUGAUAGUCUUAAGACUGUUCCAGAAAAGACAAAUUAUUCCAUUGAUUUCAACGUAUGGAAACCAACUCCAAAUUUUUCUAAAAAAAAUCCUGCAAAACCAGACUUUCACAUAUGUGUGGUCAAUACUGACAAAACCACAUUUCCAGAAUUGAAGGAUAUACAAGGAUUAUUCAAUCAAAUUAAUUACAAGUUUCCUUCUGAAGAUACCCCUGAAAUGGUCAUUAAAUCUACAAAAAAACCUAAAAAGCCCCAGGCACCAACUAAAAGGGAAAUCAAGCUACAGAGACAAAAGGAGAGGCAAUUAAAAUUAGACCCUAAAAUUCAAGCUCGAAAUGCAUACUUUAAACUUAGAGAUAAUAAGCUUAAAUAUGGAGCCUCUGGCAGGUGCAUAAUUCUAGCAUUAGUUCAAAGUGGUGUCGUUAACUUCAUGAACGUCGGGGAAGGUGAUUUCGCCCUCGAGAACUUUGGAACUGAAGAUUUAAAUGAAAUAAUUCCAAGUAGACAUCAUGGUAUUAUUUGGAAUGAAAAAUACUGA